AUGUCCAUCUAUGUCUCGCAGUCGCACGGCGCGAUUCCCAUCCCCACACCACCCAUCACCCCGUCAUGCAGCGACACCGAGAACCCGCUCACUGAAGAAAUCCUCUCGUCUCUGCUCAAAGUACAAGCUGCUCACCUUCACCGUCAUCGCAGGCGCGCACCGCCGAUGCCGGAAGUCGAGCGUACCGACGACUCGGUCCACAGCCUCGUCGACGUCGACAGCCCCCACAUCUCCUCCGUUCCCUCCGACUACGAGUCGCAGUCCAUCAAGACGGACACCCAGGCCGAGCGCAUGGAGCACGAGGAGGAGGAUCGCGAGCUCCAGGAGCUCCAGCAGAAGGAGGAGGAGGCCAAGGAGAAGGCGAAGGAGGCGAAAGACAAGGCUAAGGCCAAGGCGAAGAAGGCUGGCAAUGUCAUGAAGGAGAACUCGGAUAACCCGGUUGUCAUUGGCAAUGCCGUGACUGUUGGCAUUCUCGGCGCGGUGUUGGGUUAUGGCGCGUACAGGAAAUACUCGGCCGGCGAGCUUACCUGGAAGGUCGUGGGUGCUUGGGUGGGUAUCGUUGGGCUGUUUGCAGCGGGUGAUUACUAUGUCAGCCAGUAA